CAGCACGUCGCGACUAAUGCGUCACCAGUCAAGACCAUAUCGGCGGGGAGGAAAGUCAACCUGAUAUGGGACGUACACACCGCAGUACUGGCUGGUAGUGUGGCUCGGUACGUGCAAUAAACAGUACAAUGGAAAAGGAAACAAGUGAAAGGUCGGAAAAAAUUCAAUACUCAACAGGAAGUGGUCAGUGAACGAAAGGUAGAGCAGAGGUUGUCCUUACUUUGUUUCCACACAUUAACUGCUACAAGAAACGUCAAACAAGGGGAAACAAGACUUCUGCUUGAGGAGAGCAAGGCGGGAGGAGAGAGGAGCGCCCUGCGUCCAGCUACCACCAAGUCAAGAAAGAUGCCUGCUGUGAGUGAGUCGACGCCGCUUCUGAGGAAUCCUCCAGUGAAGCCACAGCCAUGCAGCAGGUCUUCCUUUACCCGCGCCCUGUCCCUGGUGACGGUGGAGCCUGCGCUCUUCUUGGAGGCGGUGGCGUAUGGCGUGAACGAGAACCUGCUCACCAACCUGACGGUGGACAAGCUGUGCUCUGUGCACUUCAACUAUGACGCGGAGACUUGCAGCAACCUGGACGCCGGCAACCACACGGCGCAGCAGGACCAGGUGCAGCGCCUGGCCUCAGACUACAUCAUGUACAACAAAUGGGUGGAAUAUGUGCCCGCUCUCCUCACCAACCUGCUCCUAGGCUCCUUGGGGGACGCCCGGGGACGCCGCCUUCCUGUGCUUUUGACUUUCAUCGGCCACCUGAUGAUGGCGGCGUGUUAUCUGGCCAAUACGUACUGGUGGCGCCUGCCAGUGUCGCUGAUCUGCCUGUCCGCGCUGCCCAUGGGACUAUUCGGUGGCCACGUUGGGAUCUCUAACGCCGUCAACGCCUACCUGAGCUCGUCCUCGGAGUCACGAUCACGCACCACCUCACUCUCCAGCGUGGAGUGGGUCAAGUACGCCGCACACCCGUUGGGGGUGUACGCAUCGUCUCUACUGUAUGCUCAUGGUGGUUACGUGCUGGCCUUCAGCUUCUACGUGCUGCUACUGCUGGCGAGCGUGCUUUACGUGCUGUUAUGUGUUGGGGAGCCGCCCGUUCCUCCCGGGAGCACCAAGCUGGGUAUGGCGGCUCAUAUCAGAAGUACGUUUGAAGUCCCAGUGAAAAUCCGCCGCAGCGGUCGCCGUGGGAUGGUGAUGGCGGCGUACACGGCGGUUGUGAUGCUGUGGUGCUUUGCCAGAGAGACCAAGGUACAGUUCUUCCUGUACGAGCGGAAGGUGUUCGGGUGGCAGUUGCAACAAUACGCUGACUGGCUGGUGUUCAGUUACCUCGUGAAAGCUGCAGGGCUUCUGCUGGUGGUGCCGGCCUGCAGCUAUUACCUGGGGGUGCAGGACGCCAUGCUGGGCUUCAUCGGUGGCGUCUCCAUGAUGUUCUUCUACACCGUGUUUGCCACAGCACCGGAGCCUUGGGUUCUUUACAUUGCUGCCGUGUUGUCCCUGUGCAGUGCCGUCCCCGUGGUGACUUCCCGCGGCGCCAUCUCCAAGAUUGUAGCCUCCAAUGACUUAGGAACGACCUUUGCCUUUCUGGCACUGCUGGAGUGCCUGGCAGUGCUGCUGGGCACGUCCUUAUACACUUCCAUUUACAACCUGACACUUGACAUCUUCCCAGGCACGCUGUACCUAGUGAUGGCCGGAGUGGGAGCGGUCGUGUGUUGCAUCCAUGUGUGGCUCCUCACGAACUUUGAUGAAAACUACAGCAGAGGAAAGUAAUCCACAAGAGGUCUAUCUCUUCACCACCAUCAUCACUACCUUUACCGCCGCUACUAUCACAUCACCACCAGAAAGACGAAGGUGGGACGUACCUGCUCCUGACGGACAGACAGACAGACAGACAGACAGACAGACAAUCAGUUAAAGUGUGUAUAUGAAAUUAAAACACUGGAUAACGACAAACCGUCUCUAAUAGAGGAAAUAAAAGCGGUGUAAAACAACACAUUGCAAAUAAAAUAUAAACACACACACACGCACGCACGCACGCACGCACACGCACACGCACACACGCACACACACACACACUGCUUCACAAGCCAGAGGACCGGGGUUCGAUU